AUGGUUUCGGAGCCGAAGCGAAUCUUGGAAGCGGCAUCAGACUACUUCCGCAGUCUUUUUGGGGAGGAUAAGCGCACGGCUUUCACGGACUGGAGUCCAGCGGCGGGGAGGAAGCUGUGGUUCUCCGAUGCGGAAAGUCUGCAGGAAGAGUGGACGGAGGAAGAGAUAAAGCAGGCAUUGCGGGAAAUGGCGAACAACAAAACGCCUGGGAAGGAUGGGCUGCCGAAGGAGGUCUUUGAGAUGCACUGGGAGACACUCGGGAAGCAUGUCAUGGGCCUGGUGCGUGACUUCACCGCCACUUCCUCGCUCCCGACCAGCGUGAAGGAUGCGGUGACAAUCCUUCUGCACAAGAAAGGGGCAAAGGAGCAGCGCAUCUCGGAUGCAGUCGGGCUGGUAGCUGAUGUCAUUGAUGCGGCAAAAAAUGGAAACGAGGACUGGUACUUGCUGUUGGUGGAUUUCAAGAAAGCGUUUGAUUCUGUAUCCCGGGAGUUCAUUUUCGAAGUAAUGGAGAAGAUGGGCUUCCCGGUGCGAUUUAUUGGUUGGGUGAAAGGCCUGCAUACGAACACGAGGACAAAUCUGUUAAUCAACGGCUGGUUAGGUGAAGCGGUGGAGGUGGUUUCAGGGGUGAGGCAAGGUUGCCCCUUGGCGCCUUACCUCUUCCUCUGCGCGGUGGAGCCGCUGGCGCAGAAAGUGAUUAAAAGGAAAAUUGGAAUCUCUCUCGCCAGUUGUGUCGGCCAGAAGCUGGGGUACAUCGGUUACGCGGACAACACGACCCUCCUGCUGCAGGGCAAGCAACAUAUUAGCAGAGCGGAGGAGGUGUUGGAGGAGUUCAAAAGCCUCUCUGGCCUGGAGACGAACAAAGGAAAAUCGGUAAUAUUGCCGUUGGGCGCUAACCUGGGAAGGAAGGCCUGGCGCGCAGAUGGGUUUCGCUGGGCCGGGGCAGAGGAAGCGGAGCGGCUUCUGGGAGUCUGGGUCACGCCGAAUGGUAGCUGUCAGCCGACAUGGGAUAAAGCGCUGCAGAAGAUCGCUGGGAAAAUGUCGCUGUGGCAGCCGCAAUACCUCCCCAUCAAGGCCCGCACGGCGGUGAUGGAUGGCUACAUACUGCCGAUCGCGUGGUCACAAGCUCAAGUGUACCUGCCGCCGGCGCGAACCUGGGGGGUGAUCACUAAGAUGACGCAUAAUUUUAUGUCAGCGAACAAGGUUACAUCUGAAAAAUGUUUCCGACUCUGGAGCAAGGAGCUCCUAUUUACACCGGUGCUGGAAGGAGGAGUGGGAGCGAAGAACCCGGAGACGAUGCUCACCUGUUUGACCGCCAGAAGGAUUGGAACGAUACUCACCGAAACAAAUCAGCUGAAGCGGGAGCUGAUGCGCCAGGCAGCCGACUUACCACGUGGUCUGGAGACAUUCAUGGCACAUGAGAAACUUCUGAAAACCUGGGAGGGGAAGAGUCAGAGGUGGAAAUUGGCAUGCGCGAACUUCAUGCGUUCGCCGUUAGCGACGACCAUGGAAGCCCGCGAAACAACAGAGCUACUGCUGGAGAGAAUUACGUUCAACAGGCACAUCCUCCUGAAAGGAACCACGCCUGUGGGGGGGCAGUUAGCAGCGAAGCGGCUCCUUGGCGUUCGGCUGGGAGAUCUCAUCACCAGAGAUGCGGAAGGGCGGGGGACGCUGAAAAGCAUUGAAACCUUUGAGAGAGAGCUGCGGGGGAGGGACUCGGCAAGCCUUGCACUCAAGGCCUUUGCAGCAGCGCCUGAAGAGUGGAGGAAUCAGCUUGUCUCUGUCGUGCUUCCCAACGUGGGAUUUGCGGAAGAGUUUGAUGUGGGGAGAAGGGGUCCCCUCCAGCUCCGGAGGAAAUUGAUGGCGGAAGGAGGUGUGGCUCCACUGCGCGCGCUCAGAAGGUAUUGGAAACAUGGUGACAGCGGGGAAAUUAGGCGGAAGAAGUGGGCGAGCCGUUGGGGUGGCAGCAUCGACUGGAAGCGGGCAGUGCAGAUCCGGGAAUCUCUGGUCACCCCGAGUCGUCCGAGGGACGUUCUGCUGCGCAUACACUGCCUUAACUUACAAGUUGGGGAGAGGCUGGAGUUUCUCAGCAGCGAACCAGCCUGCCCGCACUGCAACGAGUUUGAAACUCUGGAACACUGUUUUUUGGCUUGCCCAAGAAUUCAAGGGGUGGUGUUGGCGGUUAAAAAGGCUUUACGAGUGGUCAACCCGUCCAGGAAAGGGGACUCGCUUGGUGAUUGGCUGUUUGGGAAGGCGGGAUCCCUGUCAGCCUUCCCGGAGGCAUCAUUGGUGGCGAUUGCCCUUCAUCAGCUGUGGGCGGAAAGGUGUGAAGGGGCAUUCAGGGGCUGCAAGUUCCGCACGCGGAGAGUGCUGCGGAGGAUUGAGUCAGCUUUCCGCAUGCACGUGAAUGUCUAUCUGCGUGCCUCGGCGGUGAGGGUACAACGACGGGGAAAGAGUCAGCAUGCCAGGUGGCAAAAAAUGACGGAUCAAGAACGCAAACUUCUGGACCGUAUCAGAGUGGUGGAUGGCAAAGGCUGGAAAUGGACCAACAGCUUCGCGGCAAUAUGGGGCAAACCACGCAGGCCCCGGAUCCAUGCUUGA